AUGUUCCCCUUAAUCCUCCCCCCCCCACCUGCUCAAUCCCCAGCGGAAAACCCAACGGCGCGCGCCCCACCCGCUCCCUCCAUAGAGUCUUCAUGCACUCGCUCCCCUGCCAAUCGAGACAAUGCCCUCCCCGCCGUCGGCGCAAGGGCAGGCGCCGCGCGCGACUUCGUUGCGCCCAGCCGGGCGCCCGCCGCCUCCCCUACGUUCCGCGAGUUCAGCUACGCGGAGCUGCACGCGGCGACGGGGGGAUUUGCGCGCGUCAUAGGUGAGGGGGGGGUCGGAACGGUGUACCGCGGGCGGAUGAUGCUGCCUGCGGGUGACGGCGCGAUGAGGGAGCGUGAGGUGGCAGUGAAAGAGAUGAAAGAACACCAAUUCAUUGCUCAAGAGCUCAAGACGUUCAAGGCUGAGGUGGCAGCCAUGUCAGCACUGAACCAUUACAACAUUCUGAAGUUGGAAGGUGUGGCGUUUGACGCGGAACAGAGGCCGCUUCUUGUGUAUGAGUACAUCCCGGGAGGCGACAUUACAAAUCUUCUCCAACAAGGUGAGCAACUUCCUCCCUCACGUAGUUACAGUGGUUUGGAGUUGGUAGUGGUGGGAAGGAAAACCCGCUUUGCUUGCCCCUUUUUCCGCUCCCCCCACCCUCACUCCCCUCUUCCUCCCGCUUUCCUGUUUUCUCCCCCACGCCCUUCCUCACAUAUGUCACUCACUCCUCUCGCUGAUACAGCUGUCUUUCUUAAUAGGACGUAA